GAAGUGGAAAAUAUUCCUCAAACUGCCACCAAUACCAACACACAUUCAACUAUCGUGGCGAAUUCCGUAAAUACCAAUAAUGCUACUGCUACAAGCCCCCAUCACUAUUACCAUCAACGUCCUACUCCUUAUUCGAAACCAAAUCGAGCGCCAAAAAGACCUUUGGAUGUGUUACCGGAUUCAUUGGAUAUAGACGCGACAAUCGAUAAAAUGGAUUCAUUAUACACAACACAGUUUUACUCAUGGAUAAAAAAUCCACAGAAUCGAGAAUAUGCAGCAUUACGAUUACGACCACUUGUUGAAGAGUAUAAUAGUUUAUCACAUACUGCACGAGUUUUACGAUGGAUUGCAUCCGAUUGGAAACCAUCUGAAGCAAAAGAUUUAUUUCGUUUGGUGACAGAGAGAUGGGAUGAAGGGAAAAGACGAUGGUUGGCCUUUUUUUUAGUGAGGGCUCAACGUGAAGAAGAAGUAAUAAUAUUCGAGGAUAUGAUGUACCCGAAAACGCCAAUAUAUAACACAAAAGGAUAA